AUGACCUUAAUCGAAGUAACGGCUACCGACCGUUUGGGGAGAAAGUUCCACGUUAAAUGCGAUUCGGAAAUCACCGUCGGUGAAUUGAAGAAACUUUUAGGAGAGCAGACUGGGCAUGACCCUAGCAAGAUCCAACUCAAGAAGUGGUAUACCAUUUAUAAGGAUCAUAUAACACUCAGUGAUUAUGAGAUCAACGAUGGUAUGUCUCUGGAGAUGUAUUAG